AUUGUUUCACGCAAUUUGUCGUGUCUAUUAUUUUGCCUGACAUUUCUGUGAUACGAGAAUGGUGACCGGGGUGGGCGCCACGAUGCCAACCGGCGGUGUCACCGUCGGUGCUACGCCGCCGGCGCAACACGUGCCCCAGGAGGCUGGUCAGCCCCCUGCGCAAACGGCCACCACGACCACAACCACGAGAAGAUCCGGCGAAAACCGACGGAGCAAUAAACCGAUCAUGGAGAAACGGCGGCGAGCCCGCAUUAACAACUGUCUAAACGACCUGAAGACACUUAUCCUGGACGCAAUGAAGAAAGACCCAGCGAGACACUCGAAGCUGGAGAAGGCGGACAUCCUCGAGAUGACGGUGAAGCACCUGGAGACGCUCCAGCGUCAACAGGUCGCCCUGGCAGCCGCGACAGAUCCGAAUAUCCUGAACAAAUUCCGGGCUGGUUUCACGGAAUGCGCCGGCGAGGUUGGCAGGUUUCCCGGUCUGGACGCGUCGGUGAAGAGGCGUUUGAUGGCCCACUUGGCCUCCUGCCUUGGACCGGUCGAAGCGAACAACGCCAACAACACGCAGACGACGAAUCAACAGCCUGUCCAACCGGCGCCACCGACGACGCAGCUCCAGGUCCAUAUCCUUCCGCAAGUGGACGCGACCCCGAGGAUCCAGGUCCAACAAUCGAACGGGAUCUUCUUCACGAACGCUAACGGCACCGGCCUUCAGCUGGUACCCACCAGGCUGCCGAACGGUGACAUCGCGCUAGUCCUGCCGGCGGGAGCCAAGGCGACCCCAGUGACGUCUCCAGCAUCCUCGCCUGCGCCUACCUCGCCUCUGCCAACUCUGAUCCCUAUCCCUCAGAGAACGGCAAGCACGGCGUCAGCAUCCUCCUCGACCUCUUCGGCCAGCUCGACGUCCACGUCGGCGGCAAGUCCGAUCGCAUUCGAGGCACCGCCAGCGAGCUUCCGCGAGCAACCGGUCGCCUUCAACACCACCAACAGCCACAGGGACGUCGCAACGUCACCGGCUAACGGUUACACCAGUGACCCGGAGUUCGACCCCCGUGUCUACAGCCCACCUCUUCAGAAACCCCUCGCUCUGGUGAUGAGGAAGAGCAGGUAA